AGGUUUCAAACCAACCUUAUAUCACUUCACGCGUUGUACCAGAAAGACAGAAAGAGAACUGAAGAGACGAAACAAAUCCCCAAAUCCGUUAUCGUGAAAUCCUCAGGUUUUGAUCGAUUAGAAUAAGAUUUUGAUCAAAAUAAGAAGAUUAGAGCAAGGGUUCUCCCGGAUUUCAACGAUUGGAUUUAAUUCAUGGGAAAAAAUCCAUUCUGAUCGGUGGAUGUCAAGACGUUUUGAUCCAAUUGAGCUAUCGGCUCUUCAAUUUCAUCUUCAAUUCAGUGGUGUGUUAUUCUAUUUUCACCGCAAGUUGAUCUCAGACGAAGAAGAACGCGAUUUGAUACCGAUUAGUGUUACUUAUUUUUUCAUGCCGUGAUAUUAUUAUAGCGAUUUCAGGAUUCAUAGGAGUCAGACUGCUUAUAAAAAGGGUUUGUUUGAAUAUUCACUUCUAUUGAUAUGACUUUAAAAUUUAAUUUAUUUUUGUAGUGGUGGAUUUUGGUAGAUUCUGAAUUGGGUGUUUUGGGUGUUUUGAUUCUUGAUUUUGAUAUACUGGGAAUUGGGGGUUUGAGUUAUUUCGCUGAUGUUAGAAGACUUGGGAAAUGUUAGAAUAGUGUUUAAGCUCGGCAAAAAUUGAUAAUUAGAAAUCAGUGGUGAUGGUGGGAUUGUUCAGAGUUAAUCGAUUGUCUGUUGUUAAACGUGAAAUACAGAAACUGAAAGACGCAUCUGAGCUGAAGAACAGAGAAUAUGAUUUAUGGAGAAGAUGAGUAUUUUGAGAAGAUGAGGAAACACGUGUACAGUUUCUGCCACGUAUGCACAGAUGCUGACUCAGCUAACCGAACAAUGGAUGGAAAAACUAACGACGAGAGGAAACACUAAUUUCAAUUUAUUUGGGAAGGAAACGCUAAUUAUCAAUCUUGAAAGGGGAGGAAACGAAAAAGAGCCUUUUUUUUAUAUUUUUAUGGUAACUUUAAUUUUUCCUCUCUCUAUCAAAAAAUCUGAAAAAUAACGAUUCUUUCUGAUUUUUUUUCUAUUACAUAGAGAUUUUCAGAGAGAGAAAAGAAAGAAAUGGGUGUAACCAUCAUCAUCAUCAUCUUCAAUUCCUUAUCUCAUCAUCUCUGAAUAUAUUUCUACCUUCAAACUAUGAAGAUAUAUUCAGGUAAUUAUUAUUAUCAUUAACAGGAUAGUAUUCCUUCUGAAGAAGCCGGUGAUUUGUUUUCAGUUACCGGCUAUGUUAACUACUCUGUCUCAGUUUCUUUCUCCAUUCUUGGUGGUGCGUUUUUUUAUUAAAAAUAAAAAGAUUAGGUCAAUUUUCAUAGUUGAAUUCUUUGAUUAUUUGUUGACCUAAUUAAUCCUUCGAAUUGAUCUUGAAUAAAACAUUGUUUAUCUUCAGAUUUGAGGGAAGUGACAAUUGGUUGAAUUAGAUCGAUAUUUUCAAAUGCUCUUCAUACACUGUGUACGAAUCUAGGCUAAGAAUUUUGAUUUUUGUUGUCUAGAAUUUCGAUUUUCUUCAGAAUUUUUAUUGAAUAUUGAAGAAAUUAUUACAUUGCUGAUAAGAAAUGAGUGAAAAAACGGUGCCAGUACCGGUUGGUAAACAAGGAGGAGGAGGUCGUACUAAUGGAUGUAAUCCUGUUAAGAAAGCAGGUCCAGUAACCAUGGAUCAUGUUCUAUUGGCGUUGCGUGAAACUAAAGAAGAAAGGGAAGCCAGAAUUCGGAGUCUAUUUAAUUUCUUUGAUGUUGCAAAUGUUGGAUACCUGGAUUAUACACAAAUUGAAGCUGGUUUAUCUGGGUUACAAAUACCGGCAGAAUAUAAGUAUGCAAAAGAUCUUUUGAAAGUUUGUGAUGCUAAUAGAGAUGGUAGAGUUGAUUACCAAGAAUUUCGAAGGUAUAUGGAUGAUAAGGAGUUGGAGUUGUAUCAUAUAUUUCAAGCUAUUGAUGUUGAACAUAAUGGGUGUAUAUUGCCGGAGGAGCUGUGGGAUGCGCUUGUCAGAGCAGGAAUCGAAAUUGAUGAUGAGGAACUUGCUCGUUUUGUGGAGCAUGUGGACAAGGAUAAUAAUGGAAUUAUUACCUUCGAAGAAUGGAGAGAUUUUCUCUUACUUUAUCCUCAUGAAGCAACAUUAGCGAACAUAUAUCAGUACUGGGAAAGGGUUUGUGUUGUUGAUAUUGGGGAACAAGCUGUUAUUCCACAGGGCAUUAGUAAACAUGUACAUGCAAGCAAAUACUUGAUUGCUGGAGGAGUAGCAGGAGCUACAUCUCGCACUGCAACUGCUCCUCUUGAUAGGUUAAAAGUCGCUUUACAAGUUCAAACAACACGUGCUCACAUUAUGCCUGCAGUUAAGCAGAUUUGGAAAGAAGGUCGCUUUGUGGGAUUUUUCCGUGGGAAUGGAUUAAAUGUUUUAAAGGUGGCCCCUGAAAGCGCAAUUAGGUUUUACAUUUAUGAGUUGCUGAAGAAUGUCAUUGUUGACGCUAGAGGUGAAGAUAUAGGUGAUAUUGGUACUUCUGGGCGUCUUGUUGCAGGUGGUUUGGCAGGGGCUGUGGCGCAAACUGCGAUCUACCCAAUGGAUCUUGUAAAAACUCGGUUACAGACGUUUUCUUGUGAAAGUGGAAAAGUUCCCAAAUUGAGUCAACUUUCACGGGAUAUAUUGGUUCAGGAAGGACCUCGAGCGUUCUAUAGGGGUCUUAUUCCAUCUCUUCUUGGUAUUAUCCCUUACGCAGGCAUUGACCUUGCUGCCUAUGAGACUUUAAAAGAGAUGUCUCGAGAAUAUAUUGUCAAAGACAGCGAUCCAGGUCCACUUGUGCAACUAGGUUGUGGGACUAUAUCAGGAGCUCUUGGAGCAACUUGUGUUUACCCAUUACAGGUUGUUAGAACAAGAAUGCAAGCACAACGUGCUAAUGGAGCUGCUGCUUAUUCUGGAAUGUUAGAUGUGUUCUUGAAAACUUACAAACAUGAAGGCAUUAGAGGAUUCUACAAAGGAAUCUUCCCGAAUAUGCUUAAAGUAGUACCAUCUGCGAGUAUCACCUAUCUUGUGUAUGAGAGCAUGAAGAAGAAUCUAGAGCUUGAUUGAAUUGCGUUCCCGUAGCUUUGACUGAUGUCUAGCUACCCUGUUUGACAUGUCUGACUAUAGCGAGCUGACAGUGGUGAUGAUGAUGAUAACAAUAAUAAGAUUUCUGGUUGGUUAGGAGCUUUGAUUGUUUCACUUAGUCAUACAUUAUGCUUUCUAUCAGCAUACGACAUGCAUGGCUCGUGUUAUCAGACAUUUUUGCAGGCAUUUAUAAAAAAAAAGAUUGAGAGGCAGCAAGAGUUAGUUCAUUCAGGUUAUUUGCCUGGCGGUCGAUAGGUAUACCUUUUUGUCUUCCCAUUUGUGGUUCAUACAAGUAGAAUUUACACAAAGCUGGAAGGUUAUUCUUUAUGUUAUAUACUUAUACUUAUAUGUAUUUGCUAAAUUAGAUGAUUCAUUCGCAUUCUUUAGCUACCCUGAUUGACAUGUCUGACUAUAGCGAGCUGACAGUGGUGAUGACGAUGAUAACAAUAAUAAGAUUUCUGGUUGGUUAG